CUCACAGAUGGAAGUUGAGAGCAUUGUUAGUCAUACUGAUAAUCCCAACUGUCCAAAUGUGAAGUCCAGGAUAUUUCCAAGAUGAGUUCUCUUGAAGAGCUUGCAACCCCACUUGUGCCACCUGUGAACAGUACUCUAAGUGAACCACCUGCAGUAAAGGAUUUCUUUUUAACUCAACCACAGAAUUAUGAGAAAGCCCAGAAUGAACAUCAGGUGAAUUUUAUUCAGACUCAGCUGAGGCUUGAAUAAGUUGAGGAUCCAGCUGAUCCUCUCAAUGAGCAUAUAGAAUGGAGUGUCUCACUUGAGCAUCUGGUCAGUCCCUUGAUCUUGAUUCUUUUGCAUGAGUUAAUGAAUGUGAUACAAUGAAAAUAACUAUGAAUGAUCCAAAGUUAGGAGGGCUGCCAAUUUGUCGUGGUUAUGAUUUCUAUGUCAAUCCAUUAAGUUCAAGUACCACUGAGUUAGGAACAGCAGAUCAUCCUUACAAAGAGCUUCAUACUGUUUUUCUAGAGCUUCUAUACUUUCAUUCUCAUUCAGAUAAAGAAUUUGUGAUUAAAUUAUUUGAAGACACUACAAAUUAUGUUAUUGAAGGAACUUAUCUUAUAAACAUUUCGAACUUAAGAAUUGAGUCUUAUUCAGUAAACCAGGAUAAGAUAUCCAAAGCAAAGGUUGUUGCAAUAGAGAGUGUAAGCACAAAGCCUCCAUCUUUGAUACCUUCCAAAUUAAUUUUAUUAGAUUCUUCAACAAUUGAUUAUGUAUCAAAGAUAUCUUCAGAUGCCGAUAUUUCAGCAGAAGAUAAGGCUCUGUUGCUAGACUCAGCUGAUGGCAUACUAUAUGUCUACAAGAGCAAUCUAAGGAUGGAUAAUGUCUAUCUCUCCACUGAAUAUGCUUCAGUAAAUAUAUUCAAAAAUUUUAUCAAUCCUAUUAAUGCUGGAAAUAAUGUUAUUUCCAUCACAAAUACUAUCAGCUUACACGAAGGAGGAUUUCUGUCAACUUCACAACAAAUGAGUCUUGAAAUUACUGAUUCUGAGUUCGAUUUGUACAAAUCCAGGGGAGGGUUUAACCUCCAUCUUUCCUGAAUCCAGGGCCAGAGUUCUCUUCUAAUCUUGACAAAUAUAUCAAACACUAAAUUUUAUUUCUCACAAGAUCCUUCUUUGAAUCUGAAUGUGAACUUUCCUCCAUUUAUGCAAUAUGGAGGUCAUGACAUUUCCUUUAAGAAUGUGACCCUGAUGUUUUUUGGAAGUUCUGACUCUAAUGGCUACAACUUCGCAUUGAUGCCAGACCAGACAUGUGAUACUUCCGAGGUUGGGUCAAGAAAUAUUAACUUUACUGAUAUUAGGAUCGCUAAGGAUUCUUCCUGGCUCUUUGAACAACAAAAUAUGCGCUUUGGGUUACUCUUUAGCGCAAGCUCAAGUAACAGUCAAGUCUUAAAAAUUAAUAUCGAUAACAUCGAGAUUUCUGAUACUGAGGUUAAGAAUUUAGUGCCUUUGAGAAUUGAAGGAAAUGGAAUCUUUGAGUGUAAAAUUCAUGGUAGCACUUUCUCCAAUCUUCUUACAUCGGUUGAGAUGAUAAGAAUCUCUGGUUGUAAAGAUCCUGAGAUUCACAACACAACAUUUACAAAUGUUACAAUGUCUCAAAGCGGAUUGGUUAAUUUCCAGUCAAUUAACAGUGGAAUUUUUAACCAGACGGUUCUUCAAGGAAUUCAAUUUAAAGGGGCAUUUGCUUCUAAUUUAAUGUCUUUUAUCAAUUCAGGAUCUGAGAAGCUUCAGAUAACAAGUUUUACUUACUCGAAUGGUACAAUGCAAAACUCAAAGACUCUUAUCUAUCUUGAAAACCCUUAUGGAGAUACAUUUGUGGAUACAGUAGAUAUCCAAAAUGUAUCCUCAAGCGCUUCAUCAUCUUACAUAAAGAUCUUGAGUAGCAAAUCCUCCACUCUAAACACCCUGAAAUUUACGGAUUGUUCACCACUAAUAUCUUCAGAUGUGAGUAGUAUUCUCGUAAACAUGAGAGAGAUAGCAUCUCCAGUGGACAGUAACAUCACUUUCAACUCCAUCAGUGUGGUUAACUCUCAGCUAAAUGUAAUAUGGAUCUCUAAUGUUGACCAGUCAAAGACUAUUAAUCAGUAUAUAACUAUAAAUGACCUUGUGAUUACUGAUAUUACUUUUUCAUUCACUCCUCUUCUAUUAGCAAUGGAGAAUAUUAUAUCAGACGCUACUUUUAGUCUAAAGUUCUACCGCUUAAUGAUCGAGAACAUCAGUAACCAGGAUACAUCUUCAUUGAUGGUAUUUGGACACCAGAUUGAACAAUUUGUUGAGAUUCAUGACAGUGUUUUUAGGAAUAUCAGCCAAGCAGGAUUGGACAUUCUUGUUCAGGAUAAAAGUCGUCUAAUCCCUACAAAAAUUUUACUCAAUAAUGUUACUGUGGAUAGCUGGUACGGAAAUUACUUCUCAUUCAUGGGAAGCCUUUCUCUUUCUGAGGUUCAUGUCACCGGAUCAAAGUUUUUAAGAAUGAGUAGUAGUUUUGGAGGCCCAGUAUUUUACACAGAACUAAGUGGUUCAAAGUUUAUCAUAAGCGACUCAUUAUUUUAUCAAAAUCACGCACCUCAAGGAGGUAUUUUCUAUAUCGAUUCAAGAGCUUUGUUAAGAUGUACUCGGUGCAAUAUGACCGACAAUUUUGGAAUCACUAAUUCUAUUGCAUACUUGGGAGUUGGAGGUUAUUUUGAAUUUUAUGACUCAGAUAUUAUCAACAAUCAUGCCUUAUCUGUUCCUAUUGUCGAGCUUUCCCUCGCAGAAAACAAAUCAAUACUUAACCAUUGCAGACUAAGAAAUAAUACUAUCCUAACAGAAGAGUAUAUUAAAACUUCAGUGUUGUCUCAAGACCACAUACAUCCUGACAUUCGGGAGUAUAUUUUAGCCACUCCUUAUCUAUUCUCGAUUAACAUUCAAAACUCAGCAAUUUUGGCUAUUACAGGAGAAUUAGAUGUGACUAAUCAAACAGUAUUCUCUUACCAGCAUACCAUUAUCAGAGCUAUCGAUUCUUUCAUAUUGCUAGAUGAAGUGUCCAUCCUUGACAUGAAUAUUGAAUCUGAUUGCGUAAUCUCUGUUCAGAGUGAUAUCACUCUCAGUAAUAUAAGCCUGACUAAUAUGAGUAGUCAAGGGGAUUAUUACUUUCUUAACUCACAAGACUCAACGAUACGCCUAAAUUCAGCUAAUUUUAGCAGCUCUUCAGUUGGACUCAUCACUAGCUUAUCUUCAAUCUUGAAAGUUGCUAAUUUAGAAGUUAAAGAAAUUAAGAAUGUUCUUAACAUUUUGAAGAUUUUGACAAGUGAAGAUUUGACUCUUGAAAGCAGUAAAUUUGAGCAUAUCUCUCCCAAUGAGAACUUGAUUAAUGUAUAUAAGUCUUCAGUAAGCCGAUUGAAAGACAUACUGAUAUCCAAUGUAUCUAAUGUUGCUAUUCAUGUUAGGCAAAGUACUAUUAAUUCUUUGCAGAAUAUAACAUCUAUCAAUUGAUUAAUAGGAGCUCAUAUUGAAGAGUCUCUGAUACAAAGUUGGACAAACUCGGUUUUUGAGAAUUGUGGAAAUUCCAACAUUGAACUAGGAGGAGCCAUUAUGAUUCGUAGAAGCAACACGACCAUCCAAAACUCAGUUUUUACAAAUAAUGAAGCUCAAAAUGGAGCCGCUAUUGCUAUUGAUUGUGAUACAAGUUUUCAUUGAAACAACAAACUUAGUGGUAAUAUUUUUGAUUCCAAUAAUGCAAAAACUCAAGGAGGAGGAAUAUACUACAACAUGGACAGACCAGUGAUGGAUGGACUUGUAUUUGCAAACAACAAUGCUUCUUAUGGGAAUAACAUUGCUAGUUAUGCUUAUGACAUUAUUUUCACUAAUAGCCAGACUAAUAGAGCAAAAGCUGACUCAAUUGGAAGUGCAAUCUUGCUUGAAGAAACCUAUGAAGUGAGAAUCGUCGAUUACGAUAACCAAACAAUUAACCUGAUCAACACAGGGGUUGUCAACAUUGGAAGUAGUUUUUCUAAUACUUCUGUGGGAGGAAUAGAUCGAGCUAAGAUUGUAGAAGGUGUUGCAAAUUUGACUAAUUUCUCUUUUAUUGCACCACCUGGAUCUCAAAAUAUCACGUAUCUGGUCACUUCGAGCCACAUAGAUUACGGAAAGAUAGCAUAUCUUUCUAGUACCAUGAGUACACCUGAGAAAGCAAGAUUCAUAAUAAAUUUAAGGUAUUGUAAACCAGGAGAAAUGCAAAUUGAAGAAAAUAAGUGUAGAGAGUGUAGCUUUGGAGGAUAUUCUUUGAACUGGAGUUCAAUCUUAUGAGAAAGCUGCAUGCCAAAUGCUGACUGUCUAGGCUCAGACCAUAUAAGCGUUGACAAAGGAUAUUGGAGAAAGACAGAGCAAUCUGAUCAUAUUGUUGCUUGCUUUAGAGAGAAAUCAUGCUUGGGUGGCUAUCAUCCUGAGAAUGAAAAUCCUGUCAAAUGAGAAAAAGGAUAUGAAGGUUUAUUAUGCUCGAAAUGCUCAAUUACUGAUGAGAGCAAGUACCAACCUUCGGGUAACUUUGAAUGAUUGAAAUGCCCAUCUCGGAUAUUAAAUGCAGUCGAAGUCGUUAUUUUUCAGCUCAUUGCUUUAGCUUUCAUAUACUUUAUAAUUAUCAUCAAUAUUAGAAAGAAAAGUGAGAAUCAAUUCUCAAUAUUAUUGAGGAUAUUCACCAAUUACACUCAACUUAUCACUGUCAUAAUGUCCUUCAAUAUUAAAUUCCCAAACAUUUUCAACGAAAUUUCUACUCAAUCAGACACUGUGAACUCUCCAGAGAGAACUUUCUUCUCAUUUGACUGCUUCAUUGAAAACAAUGAAAUCAGGAUGUUUGCUCCUUCAAAUGCUCUUUUCAAGCUUUCUCUUUACCUGAUCCUUCCAAUCUUUCUGCUGAUUGUAGUCAGCAUUGGGCUUUUGCUCUACAGAGUUAUCAUGCAGGUUUAUAAGCCAGGGAUGGAGCAUGACAUGAAGAGGUACAUUGCAAUCUCAUUCAUAUGCAUUGUGUUCAUCUUCCAUCCAACAAUGACAUACCAAUCUUUGAGUGUCUUCCAAUGAGCUAAAAUUGAUAGCAAUGAUUCUAGAAUGAUGCUACACAUGGAUUACAAAUGAUUCUCCAGAGACCACCUCAAGUGGAUAUUUGCUGUCGGGCUCCCAAUUCUUAUCCUUUGGGUAAUUGGGAUGCCUGCAAUUGCAUUCCUGAUAUUAUUUAAGAAGAGAGAACAUCUCGAUCAACCAGAGCUCCAGAAGUAUUUGCUUAUUCUCUAUCAAGGUCUUAAACGAAAUACAUUUUAUUGGGAACUGGUCAAUACUUUCAGAAAGUUUGUGGUUCUUUCGUUUAAUGUGUUUCUUAGCACAUAUGACCCGUACUAUAAAAUACUUGGAGCCAUAGUUUCCUUGAUAAUCUUUGUCAGAAUCCAAGAAAAGCUCAAACCAUACAAAGAAGAAUCAAACAACAGAAUAGAAGUUCUUGGGAUGAUUGCUGGAAUCCUGACUCUAUAUUGCACUCUUGUAUUCGUCACCGAAGAGGAGGAUGUAGAUGCUGUUCAUAUAUUCAGUUUGCUUCUGCUCUUUGCUGUUAAUGCUUUCUUCCUUCUCCACUGGUUAUAUAACGUCCUAUACUAUCUAAACUAUAAAAACAAAUAUUUUAGAAUGCUCAUGAAGAUGUUUUCCCUUGCUUUAUGAAAGAAUAGCGCUAAGUUUUCAGAAGAAAUUGAAGGCAAAAGAUUAAUAAUAGGCCCAGGAAAGAAGACCAAGAAAGCAAAGAAGAAAAAGAGCAAGAAAAAGCUUCCGCUUAAAAAAGCGCUUAAACGAAAACCUAAGAACAAUUUUCUGCAAGAUUCAUCUCUUAGGUCCCCAGCCCCUUUGUUCAAAAGCUCCCAAAAGGGAUUUAAAAGUACUUAUGUACACUUACUUCUAGGCUCAGUGAACCGAAAAAUUAGUUCUAACACCUCCCGCUUUCGCAAGAAUUCAGCUAUUUCGAUUCACCCUAACUUGAAAGAAGAAUCCAGUGAUCUCAGUGUUUUUAAGAAAUUCGGAGUACUGCCAUUAGUCCCUGAAGAAGAGAAACAUUAA